UAUUAGCAUCGGCAUCGUUUUAAUUUUUGUUUAUAACUAAAAUUUAUCCGUGAUAAACCAUAAAAAUUAUCAAAAAUUUGCAAUACUCGGUGAUUAAUUGUGCCGAAAGUUCAUAUAGAGACCACCUAUUUUGUGUGCAAAAUGUCGGCGAUUGAUAAAAUACAAGUGCUGGAUUCAAUUGAAAAGGAAGUGAUCCUAUGCUUACAGAGUGCAGGACAAGCCCUGCUCGAGCUCAGUAAAGAGAAAACCAGCCAGAAGGCCACGGAAACCCACACCAAUCAGUUCCUAAAGUCACUGAACUCGGUCGAAUCGAAACUCUCCGAGCAGAUUAACUACCUGACGCAGGUAUCCACCGGGCAGCCGCACGAAGGCUCGGGCUACGCCGCAGCCAAGGUUCUGCAAAUGGCCUGGCAUCGCAUCCAGCACGUAAAGUCUCGCAUCAAGGAGCUGGAAGAAUGCAAGCUGAAGUACACCCAAGCUGCCACCCGGCUGCAGACCAACCAACAGCGAGUCGGUGCCCCCGGACCGGGCCAGGGCGGUGCUGCCAGUACGGCAGGAGUUAUGCUGUGAUUGCCGGAAGCAAAUAAAAAGAUAAGGU